AUCCGUAUGUAUGUGUUGUCUAACCGAAAAUUGUAGGCGUAAAACGCAGAUUAGAUAUUUCUCGGUCAGAGAAAUAUGUUUUAAAUCUCAUUUCAAUUAAUCAGUCUUAUUCUCUCAUUAUUGGUAUAUUGGCUAUCGUUGCGAGGCAAAGAUGCCUAAUUUAACCAAUUUAUCUCAUUUUUCUUUAAAGAUUAUAUUUGCCAUUCACUUGCUACUUGUAUCAUGGGGUAUGCAAGGAACUUGGUGUCCCAAAUCUGUACUGUUCUAUAACUUGCUAUUCUUUGUUUGUAUAUUUUGGGCUGUUCAUAAUGUUGAAUCUGACGAACCACUACAAUUUCUUGUAGAUGGGUCUGAAAAAUUUAGCGCAGCCGUUAUGGUCAUAAAUUUAAUCGUUCGUCCUAUCUCGAGUAUAUAUCUGUUGAGAAUAGGCCAAGAGAGAAAUGGCAACUUAGCUACAGUAUUUGCACCAAGUCCUGCCAUGGGUUACGGCAGGCAAGAGUACGAAGAAAUUUCUCAUCCCGUCCCACAAAACUCCGAUUUCGAGGGAGUUUAAGAUUGAAUGAAGUUUGUUUGAAAAUUUUUUUUUUAUUCUGUUUUAAUCCUGCUGGUCUGUUAAAAUUUACUAUGCAAAUCAUAUGGGUCAAUAUGAUUAAAAGUUCUAAAAAAUAAAAAACAUUUACAGAAAAA